ACUUGACUGAGUCCAAGAAUCCUCUAUUCCGUAGUCCUUCAUUACCCAAAUCCCCGCGCUAAAAGAAGCAAGAGAAGAAGGAAGAGGAAAUUCUUUAGGAAACAAGCAAAGGCAACCAUCCAAGGACCCCAGAUAAGUGGUUUGGCAUUUUGGUAAGGACUAAAAUUGAGAUAAGGAAGAAGAAGAAAAGCUCUGCGUAGCUAUGGCGUCCAUGGCUAGUGCAAGCGUAGCUCCUGCUGGAUUCUCAUACGGCAGGCCUCCAUUUUCUGCUUCAGAGAAGCUGAGGAGAACGGUGGUGGUGAGGGCUGAAGCCAUAAACCCAGGUAUCAGGAAGACCGAAGACAAAGUGGUGGACUCUGUUGUUAUCGCCGAACUGAACAAGCCUCUCACUGCUUACUGCAGGUGUUGGCGGUCUGGGACUUUCCCUUUAUGCGAUGGAAGCCAUGUGAAGCACAAUAAGGCUACUGGAGACAAUGUUGGGCCUCUGCUAGUGAAGAAGCAGUGACUAGUAAAUGAUAUAGCACUAUUAUACAUUCUUGAAUAUUCCAAACUUGGUGCAGCAUAGUAUAUCGUGUUCUGAUGGGGAAAUCCUUGUAUGUUCUUAAUGCAAUAUGAUGAUCUCUAUCUGGAGUUGUAAUAAAGUGAUAGUUUUCUACUCCUGUAGUGGAAAUUCCUUCUGAUUUCAACUAGUUCAAUCAGAACCAGAAAAGUGGUUUUGGUCC